GGUUGAACUCCGAAUCGGCACAGUUCAACAAGAUCAUUCAAACAGAUCAUUUCCUUUAGAACAGGAUCUAAGACUAGAGAUACUCACUGUUAGACGAUGGCUUUCAAAUUCCUAGCUGUGUUUGCCGUUCUGGCCGUGGCCAGCGCCCAGCAUUAUGAUCCCCAUCACUACCAGCCUCAGCAGUAUCAACACCAGCCUCAGCAGUAUCAGCACCAGCCUGAGCAAUAUCAGCACCAGCCUGAGUACCAUCACCAGCCAACCCUGAUCAAAACCGUCCAGCCAGCCUUCGUCAAGACCAUCCAGCCAGCUCUAGUCAAGACUGUCAAGCACGUCGAAUACCCAGACUCCCCGGCCGAAUACCAGUUCCAGUACUCCGUUCACGAUGAACACACCGGUGAUAUCAAGAGCCAACAGGAGGAACGCCAUGGAGAUGAUGUCAAGGGACAAUACUCCCUGAUUGAUGCUGAUGGCCACCGUCGCAUUGUUGACUACACCGCCGAUGAGCACAAUGGAUUCAACGCCGUUGUCCGCCGUGAACCUCUCGAGGGACACAAGAUCGUCAAGACCAUCGCUCCAGUUGCCAAGAUCGUCGCCCCAGUCCAAGUGGCCAAGGUGUACGCCCCAGUCGCCAAGGUUGUGACCCCAGUUCACCAGUAUAGCCACCCAGAGCCCCAUUAUUCCCACUAUUAGACUCAUCUAGGUCAAUUCUAGUAUUGAUCAUCUGUUCUCAUUUCUACGCUAUGAUACGCCAUACACUCAUUUCUAGAGCUGUACCUCACUCUCAUAAACUAGUUAAAUUGAAUGCUACUGUAAAUAAAUCAAAUGAAAAA